AGAAGUGAACUAAAGGGAACGAAAGAAGUGAAGGAAGUCAAGCGAAGGAAAAUAGGAAAAGCAAGUGAAAGAAGUGAAAGAAGCCAGAAGCCACAGAAGCGAAAGGAAGUGAAAGAGAAGAAGGAACUCGAGACCAGCCGCCAUGACCUUCUCGUAUCGGAUGAGAUGGAUGCUGCCCGUGGCUCUCCUCCGGCUGCUGCUCGUGUCCGUGAUCAAAAACGCGGGCAACCACACGUACGAUUCCUCGCACAGACUGGAGACUUACUACGAUUUCAUUGUGGUGGGCGCGGGGUCCGCAGGCGCCACUCUAGCCGCCAGGUUGUCUGAGGUCACGGGCUGGCGGAUCCUUCUGCUGGAGGCGGGCGGAGAACCUCCUCCGGAGAGCCACGUGCCGGCGCUGUACCCGGCGCUGCUGCAGGGCGAAGCUGACUGGAAUUUCGUCACCACCAGCCAGCGACACAGCCUCACGGGAUUCACGGACAGGCGGACGCCAUACGGACGCGGCAAAGUGGUGGGCGGCAGUUCGACCAUCAACUUCAUGAUGUACUUGCGAGGAAACCGACGUGACUUCGACAACUGGGAAGCGAUGGGGAAUCCCGGAUGGAGGUACAAGGACGUCCUGCCUUACUUCAUCAAGUCGGAGGAUUACCGAGGGACGAGGCACGGGGCGACAGCUGCUUACCACGGCUUCGGUGGUCCUCUGACCGUGGAUGACAAAUUGUGGUACACCCCCCUCCUCAACGGAUUCCUGAAGGCGGGGCAGCAGUUGGGCUACAAUGUCAUCGACGCCAACGGACCAGAGAUGAUAGGCUUCAGCGUCCCUGACAUGACCAUAAGAGACGGCUGGCGAUGGUCUACAGCCGAAGCCUUCCUCAAGCCUGCAGCUGACAGAGAAAAUCUUCAUGUGGUUUUAAAUGCCCACGUUACACAGUUAUUAUUUGACAACCGUAAGCGGGCGAUUGGCGUGCGCUUCGAGCAUGAAGGAAAGCACAAGACGGCUUUGGCAAAACGGGAGGUCAUCGUGAGCGGAGGAACAAUUUCGUCUCCGCAAAUCCUUAUGGUCUCGGGGAUCGGUCCGGCCAGGCACUUGCAGGAGCACAAUAUCCCCGUCGUGGCUGACCUGCCAGGCGUCGGCCAGAACUUCCAAGACCACGCCUCUCUGUACGGCCUCACGUGGACCACCACCAAGGGCACGUCGCUCAGCCUCCUGACGCUCGCCAACCCGUUCUCGCUGAAGGAGUACAUUCUUAGGAGACGAGGCCCUCUCUCGGCGCCCUACGCUAUCGAGGCUCACGCUUGGAUCCCGGCGGAGGAGGGCGACCCUCUCUGGCCCGAGGUGCAGUUCCUCUUCAUCGCCGGGACUUCGACGCUUGACAAAGGCAUCGCCAUUCCGGACCUCAUUGGCUAUGAUAGAAAGCUCUACUACCAAUACUUCACCCCCAUCAUGGGCCAAGAAGGCUUCAGCAUCUCUCCCAUGCUGACAAGGGCCAAGUCACGAGGCUCCGUCACCCUGCAGUCAAACAACCCUAAGGACCCGCCAGUCAUUGACCCUAACUACCUGAGCCACCCUGCUGACGUCAAGAAUAUCAUCAGAGGCAUCAAGUUUGCCCACGAAGUAGCGAGAACACCGGCCAUGCAAGAGUACGGGACGCGAUUCCACGAUAAGCCUCUCCCCGGUUGCGAGCACGAGGUCUUCGCGACUGACGCUUACUGGGAGUGCUUUGCCCGUGCUUUCACCGGGCAGACGUACCAUCCAGCGGGCACGUGCAAGAUGGGGCCUGUGGGUGACCCCUUCAGCGUCGUGGAUCAUAGGCUCAGAGUUCGCGGUGUCUCUGGGCUCCGAGUGGUGGACGCCUCGAUCAUGCCUCUGAUCGUCUCGACCAACACGAACGCCGCUACCAUCAUGAUUGGCGAGCGCGCCGCAGAUUUCAUCAAGCAGGAAUGGGGUGUCAUCUAGUACCACACGUUUCGUCAUCUGAGUCUGUUACCGGAUGAUCCUACCGUGUCAUAUGAUCCUCUAAGGUGCUAUCUGAUUAUAGACGGCAUUAGGUUAUUUACAAUAAUAUUAACAUAGCAUGAUGGGAACUUUAGAGACGCUGUAGCAAAGGCAAAUUUUGGAUAAAUUAAGCUUUGGAAGAACUGAAGAAACAGUCUUUCCGAGUAGCGUUAAUAAGCUGGAAGUCCCUCUCGAUGUGUACACGAAGAUAAAUCCGGAAAGGUGUCGAGUUACCCAAAAUAAGGAUUAUCAAUGAGACAUGAAAACUUUCGAUUGAUAAUGCAACAAACUUAGAUCUAUUCAGUAAGAAAAAAAACAACAGUGGAGCUUCGAAACCUUACGAAAUACCACAGAUAUACCUCAUCUGCGCAUGCAAAGGAGACUUCCUAAUCCACACAUAUCACAUAUCACAGUCCAUGCCUCAUACCACAUAAGUGUCAUCGUCCACAAGGAUAGACAUAACUUAUCUAUCAACAACCAGUAAUCACGGGUAAACAACGCCACAGAGAAGUGGACAAGAAUACAGAGGAGGGCAUCUGUGCUGUGAAUAGCUGGUGAAAGUGACGGAAAGAGAGAGAAAAAAAAUGGACAAUAAGUGACGAAUUGAAAAACUCUAAACCGGUGGAACGGAUUUUUGAUUAUACAGAAACUGAAAAAAGUGAUGAGUUUAAGAUUAUGAAAGAAAGACAAUUUUAAGAUAAGAUACUUGUGUACUUCCUCUCCAAGAGAGAAGCGAAUAAAUUAACUGUAGUGUGAUAUUACUAAAAUUAGAUUUUUAAUGCUAAGAAAUAUGAUUACAUUGUCUUAAAUAAUCACGAUGUAUGUAUAUGUAUGUAUGUACGUAUUACCAUUGUCUUUAUCAUUAGUAUUAUAUUGUGUGUACUUUUAAGGCUUAAAUAAAUUAUAUUAUAUUAUUUACAA